AUGCAGGUUAUAGUACACCUGAAAAUAAUCAUGAGACAAAUUUAUUUGUUACUGAUAUGGAAUAUACACCUAAGAAAGAGAAAAGAAGGCUCGCAAUCAAUUAUUGGAGACAUAAAGUUUUGAAAUUGGCUGAUGAAUUUUUAUAG